AGCCGAGAAGGGGUCCCUGGAGGCAGCUCUGUUCGAGAGCCAGGAGCUUGCCUCUUCUCUGGAGGCUCAGUGCACCAGGAAGGAGGGGGAGAGGCGCAGCUUACUCCUGGCUAAUGAGGCCUUGACGCGUGAUGCUGCUCGGAUGCGCGAAGAUGGUGAACUGCGAGUUGAACAAGCUGUAAAAGCGCAGACUGAACUGGAGAAGAAGCUGGCCCAGAUGGAGAGGAAGACCCUGCUGACCCUGAACAACACAGAGCAACUUCACAGAGAGCAGCUUGAAGCUGAAUGCCAUCUUAAGGAGCAAGAAUAUGCAGAGCUGACAAUUGAGCGGGAGCAGGCAGGGGAGCAGCUGCGCAGACAGUGUGAGGAGCAGCUGCGCAGACAGUGUGAGGAGCAGCGAGCGCUCAGCCAGAAGGAGCUACAACAGGUGCAGGAGGAAGUGGCCCGGCUGCAGCAGGACUUCAACCAAAGCCUCCUGCAGGCUGAGUGUGAAAAGCAACAGGCUUUGUCCCAGAAGGAGGCAGAGAAGGCCGCUCUGACGGAGAAGCUAGCAGCCCUGCAGCAGGAGCUAGCCACAGCAGGCAAGAAGCUCGAGUGCAUGCAGAGGGAGGCACGCAACAAACACGAGCAGAAUAAGAAUGCUACGGCUGUCCACUGGUCUGAGCUGCAUGAUUUGAGGUCUCAAUUUGAGGAGUCUUUGAACUCCCAUGAGAAUGCUAAGAGCAGUCUAAGUGAGAGAAAAGAGUUAUACCAACUGAGAGAACAUACACAACAGGAGUUGGAGGGCCUUCGCUGGCAGCUGCAGGAGGCAAAGGAUGGACUUAUUAAAGCACAGACUGAGCUGAUGGAGGCUCACAGAGAGCUCCAGGAGUGUGUACAGGAACGGGACAAGCAACGGAAAGAGGCUCUUGACCUGAGAAGGCUAAUGGGAGACGGGACCAGAGAGAAAGAGGCUAUACAAGCCUCUAACCAGGAGCUGAGAGCUUUUAUCAAGAGAGCAGAGAGUGACAACAACAGAUUGAGACGAGCAUUUGAGGAGAGGGAUCAGAAAGUGUCUGUCUCAGAGGAAUGUAGGAACUCCAUGCUCCAAGAGGUAACCACUCUCCGGAGCAGUCUGAGAGAGCUGGAGAAGUCUCGCCUGCAAGCACGCAGAAACCUGCAGGAGCUGCGCAGACAGGUUAAGGUCCUUAAAGGCGAGGACAGCCGUAAGAAACAGGAGCUGCGAGAGCUGCAGGCCCUAGUGUGUCAGGAGGAGCAGAAGGAGGAGGAAGCUCGGCGCGAGGCUUUCUCUCUCAGGCAGAGAGUGCUGGAGUGUGAGGCUGGCAGAGAAGCAGCGCUGAAUGAGGUAGAUGGCCUUCAGCUCUGUUAACAACAUGCUAGAGCAAACAUUCCACCUUUGAAUACCUGCUGCCAUACUUAUG